AUGGCCAGCGACAAGAUUGUCUUCUUGACCAACUGGCACGCCACGCCCUACCAUGCACCGUUGUACCUUGCGCAAGCCAAAGGCUUCUUCAACGAUGAAGGUGUCAAAGUCGCUUUGCUUGAGCCGAAUGAUCCCAGCGAUGUGACUGAAAUCAUCGGCACUGGGAAAGCGGAUCUUGGAUUCAAAGCGAUGAUUCAUACUCUUGCGCUUUUACUGAGGGUGCCCUGGGACCCACAACAGGCCAAAGCCCGAAGCUUCCCUGUCAGUUCGAUUGGCAGCUUACUCGAUGAGCCAUUCACUGGGGUGGUGUACCUCAAGUCGUCUGGUAUCACAACAGAGUUUCGCACACUCAAGGGCAAACGCAUCGGCUAUGUGGGCGAAUUUGGCAAGAUCCAGAUCGACGAGCUUACCUCUCACUAUGGCAUGACUCCCUCCGACUACACGGCGGUGCGGUGCGGAAUGAACGUAUCCAAAGCCAUUAUCCGAGGCGAGAUCGACGCCGGAAUUGGACUCGAGAACGUUCAAAUGGUCGAGCUGGAAGAAUGGCUCGAGUCCCAAGGCCGCCCUAAAUCAGACGUGCAGAUGCUGCGGAUCGACGAGUUGGCCGAGCUGGGCUGCUGCUGCUUCUGUACGAUCCUGUACAUCGGCAACGACAACUUCAUCGCGCAGAACCCCGAGCGAGUGCGCGCGUUCAUGCGCGCGGUGAAACGCGCGACGGACUUCGUGCUCAACCAGCCCGAGGAGGCCUGGAAGGAAUUCAUCGACUUCAAGCCGGUCAUGAAUACGCCGCUGAACCGCAAGAUCUUCGAGCGCAGCUUCCCUUACUUGUCCAAGGACCUGAAGAAUGUCAAGCGAGACUGGACCAAGGUCACGCGAUAUGGAAAGAGAUUGGGGGUUCUGGACGCCGACUUUGUGCCAAACUAUACCAACGCGUUCCUCCAGUGGGCUCUGGACGAGGAGUCGUCGGACCCCGGUGGUGACCAGAAGAGGAUGGCGGACCUCCAGUGCGAUGUCAGGGCCAGAGGUGGACUUCAGCGACUCAAUGCCGUGAAUGGCGCCGUCGAAACUGCCGUUGGAGCUUGA